UAGGCCUGGCUAGCUCAAUGGCUAGAGCGUUUGACUUUUAAUUCCAAUAAUCAAUUCAGAUUUAAGAGGUAUCAAAAGGCUGCGGGUUCGAGUCCCGCGUCGGGCUUAUUUCUUUUUUUAUUUUUUUUGAUGAACUUUUUUCUUUUUUUUUCCUUUGAACAACAAAAAGGUUCAAACCGAAAUGGCUUUACCACCAUCAAUUUCUAUCAUUUAUAGAUCCUGAAUAAUCAAUCAAAUAUGGCUGCUGAAAAGAGAGUUGAGGCCGAUGCAGCUGAAUUGCUAUCGUCUCUUUCCAUAGGCGGAACUGAAGCUCCUGCCGAUACUACUACUAAAGAAGAUAAGAUUGUUAAAGAAGAUGUACCAGUAGUGGAAAAGAAAGAAGAACCAAAGGUUGAAGAACCAGUGGUGGAAAAGAAAGAAGAUUCAAAAGUAGAAACUCCAGAGACUAAUUUGAUAUCUUCCACCUAUGAUGUUAAAGUCAAACUUGCUGAUAUUCAAGCUGAUCCAAACUCACCAUUAUAUUCCGUUAAAUCAUUUGAAGAAUUAGGUUUAUCACCUGAAUUAUUAAAAGGGUUAUAUGCCAUGAAAUUCAAUAAACCAUCCAAGAUUCAAGAAAAAGCAUUACCAUUAUUGAUUUCAAACCCUCCAAGAAAUAUGAUAGGUCAAUCUCAAUCAGGUACUGGUAAAACUGGUGCCUUUUCAUUAACUAUGUUAUCAAGAGUUGAUGAAUCAAAGCCUGUUACUCAAUGUCUUUGUUUAGCUCCAACUAGAGAAUUAGCAAGACAAACUUUAGAAGUCAUUUCUACUAUGGGUAAAUUCACCAAAGUUACAACUCAAUUGAUUGUUCCAAAUUCUUUAGAAAGAGGUCAAAGUACAAAUGCUCAUAUUCUUGUGGGUACUCCUGGUUUAGUGGUUGAUUUAGCUAGAAGAAAAUUAAUUAAUCUUAGUACCGUUAAAACUUUCGUAUUAGAUGAAGCUGAUAAUAUGUUGGAUGCUCAAGGUUUAGGUGAUCAAUGUCUUAGAGUUAAAAGACUUUUACCAAGAGAAGCUCAAUUAGUAUUAUUCUCUGCAACUUUUGCUGAUAAAGUUAGAGCUUAUGCUGAAAAAUUCGUUCCAAACGCUAAUUCAUUAGAAUUGAAACAAGAAGAAUUGAAUGUCGAUGGUAUCAAACAAUUAUAUAUGGAUUGUGAUUCUGAAAAUCAUAAAUUCGAAGUUUUAUGUGAAUUAUAUGGAUUAUUAACUAUUGGUUCCUCCAUUAUAUUCGUGGAAAGAAAAGAAACUGCUAAUAUUUUAUAUGCUAAGAUGAAAAAGGAAGGUCAUAUGUGUUCUAUUUUACAUGGUGGUUUAGAAACUUCAGAAAGAGAUAAAUUAAUUGAUGAUUUUAGAGAAGGUAGAUCUAAAGUUUUAAUCACUACUAAUGUAUUGGCAAGAGGUAUUGAUAUUGCUUCUGUUUCAAUGGUGGUUAAUUAUGAUUUACCAGUUGAUAAAGAUGGUCAUGCUGAUCCUUCAACUUAUUUACAUAGAAUCGGUAGAACUGGUAGAUUUGGUAGAGUUGGUGUUUCAAUUUCUUUUAUUCAUGAUAAAAGAUCUUAUGAAAUUUUAAUGAGAAUUAGAGAAUAUUUUGGAAAUAUUGAAAUGACAAGAGUUCCAACUGAUGAUUGGGAUGAAGUUGAAAAGAUUGUUAAAGCAGUCAUUAAGGGAUAAAUAUUCCUAAAUCAUAAUUAAAUAUUAUACAUAGUUUCUACUUUAUAUAGAACUUUUUUUUUUUAUGAAUGUAAUAUAUAGAUAGCUUUUUGACAUUUAUACAAG